AUGAUCGUGUCGACAUCUAUGUGUACGUAUAUUUAUCGAUUGAACGUCGUCCGUCGUCUGGUGCGCAUCAAACCACCACCACCACCACCGCCAUCACGACCACCACCGCUAGGAGCGAUACGAAUGGCUGGAGGUGCAACUCGUAGUGCAAGAAAGUCUAGAAAGCGAAAGAAUUCUGAGGACAGCACAUCGGCGGCACCAUCCAGAACUCUAAAGCAGUAUUCUGUCGACGAAAAGCUCGAGAUUAUUGAAUUUGCUAAAGGAAAUGGGAACAGGGCGGCAGGACGAGAGUACAACGUUGCUGAGAGCUCAAUUCGAGAAUGGCGGAAAAAUGAGGAAAAAUUGCGGUCCGUAAAUUCCGGUGAUUCUGAUCGACCACGACAAACGGAAAUGAUACGUAAGGUUUCCAUUGGACCAAUGCAAAAUGCUACUAAUGGGAAGGGCCCAGAAUUCGUCCAAGUUUCAUUGAGCACAUCGCUUGUGAGCGGAUUACCGAAAAAUAACGAGACAAUGGCCGUAUCGGAUCGAAAAGAUGUUGUAUCAACAGCAUCAACAUCAAGUUCACAUUCAAAUUCACCUCUUUACACUACCGGCUCAUCAUCGUCUCGAAGAAAAGCGAAAGCACCACGAAAAAUGGUUGUAGAGUAA